AUGGAAGUGGCUGCUGCACCGCCAAGGAGGAGAAAUAGUGCAAAGGAUGCUGAGCAGAUGGAAGUGGACAAUGGGCAGAGUGCAACAGGUGGCGAUGGCGUUCUAGAGGUGACCAUGCAUGAGAGCACCAAAGGCAGCAGCAAGGCAAGGAAAGAGAACACACUCAUGCAAAAAGGUGGCAGGAAGAGGGGCCAACGGCGGGUGUCCAUAGCUGCGAUGGGCUGGCCUGUGAAGCCUGUCAGGCGAGCCAAGAACGAUGGUGUCCGCAAAGUGAAGGGUUCAAGAUUGAUCAAAAAGCAAAGGAAAGAAAGGAAGCAGCAAAUUCAGCAGGUUGCAGACCUGCUUGGAAACAUGGGGAUGCAAUAG